CACUUUAUUCUUUAGCCUCUAUUGUACGUCUCUCACGAGCGAUUCUCGUCGGGCCUCAUUAGUACCGCAGGCAUCGGCUAGAUGGAUCAUUGUAUCACCGAGCAAACAUUUCUAUUCCCAUUUUCAUUUCAUACGCUCACACGCCCUCUCUCUCUCUCUCUCUCUCUCAUAUUCUCUGUUAUCUCCCCUGGUCUUGAUCACUCGCUCUGACGCGUCGCUUAGCCCGUACUUAUGUUAAUGAAGCGUACCCGCUCUUAGAGGAGAGGUGACCCGUCCAACGAACCGGGACCGAUCUAUUCAACAAUCAUUUUCGUACAAAUGGAAAUAAGAAAAGAAUGUUCAUUCGAAUAUGCAUUCUAGUCCCCCCUCCCCCUUUCUCUCUCUCGGUCUCAUACGUUUUUGGAAACUUUUUCGAAUCGCAUAGAACUACGACAAACAAUUGUGAGUAAUCGAGAAAAAAAUUAGCCCGGCAUGUGAUUUUAAGGAAAAACGUUAAACCACGAAUCGUAAAAUAAUGUUCGUUGAAUGAAAAAUUGAAAACUUCAUAAUCGCAAUGAUACGCGAAGGGGCUUCGAAAUGAUCGAUAUUCGAGCCAGUCGUCGUAGAUCAUCGUGAUGUGUCGUGGAAAAAGACAGCGAGAGAGAGAGAGAGAGACAUAAUAUCAAAAAAUAUGGAUAUAAAGACUGGGGAGCGAGGGCGAAGGGGAGAAAAGAAUGAGGUGGCAUACAAGACCUCGGGAGACGGCUUUUCGACUCGAUUCGUUUGAGAGCCCCUGAUCGAACACCUGAAUACUUAAUAAACGGAUAAAAUUAACAUUAAUAACGACAGACUCGUAUACGAGAGAGCCGAUCGACUCAUUGUGCGAUGAGACGGAAUGCUUCCUCGCGUGGCCUAGUCGCGUGUGACAUCCCGUACGGGAAGGAGGCGCGCUCUUCUUCCCGAAAGAGCCCUUCCGCGAAUCCUCCAUUUAUAAUCCCACACCUCCUACUUUCCAUUCGAUCAUCGUGCGUGCAAGUUUUUUCGUUCUUCUUUCGUUAUGGAGAACAGCGAUGAUCGAGGAGAGUGCGAUAAAAAAGUGGUAAAGCACGAGGUAUUGAAAAUCCUCCCGAAGCAUCCGCUUCGAUCGAAUGUUUGUUUUUCAUUGUCGUUGGAUACUAAUUUCACUUUCAUUUGUUUCCCAUUGGGCUGGUCAGUCGGAAAACGAGAGCAACGACGACGAAGGCGCCGACAACGCUCGCUGUGACGAUGCGUAUUCCCGGUGUUCACCGGUUCUUUUGGAUCUUGACGAAAGUACGAAAAAACAACACGCCAAAGUCGUCGAGGAAGUCGGACGAGGCGAAAGGGCCAAAAGCGCUUCGGCGAGCUUGGAACACCCUCUGCGAUUCAGCCUCAGUCUUCAAAGAAGCUCCAUCUCGGGCGAAGAAACUUCCACCGGGGUUCUUCGUCGACGAUCCUCCAGACGACGAUGGCCCGACAACGGGUCUUACGAAGCCACCUGCACACCAGAAAACGUACGCGUGAUACGAGUCCCGGAACCAGAAGUCCUCGAACCGCACUCCCAUCUGGAAUUACUUCACCGGACAAAUAUCAAACCAAUGCAUCGGGAACCCAGCCAAACUGAGAAAGACUACAAAAAAUCGGCUUGUGACCGUGAGCGUACGAGAAUGAGGGAUAUGAAUCGCGCGUUCGAGCUGCUCAGGUCAAAACUGCCGGUUUGCAAGCCUCCGGGAAAGAAACUCUCGAAGAUUGAAUCGCUGAGGCACGCAAUAACGUAUAUAAGGCAUCUUCAAAGUCUUUUGGAGCCUCAAUAUCCGUACACGGCAGCGGCUGCAGCUGCUGCUGCUGCCGCGGUCGGUGCUCCCGAGAGACCAGGAUAUUACGGAGCGAGCACUCCCGGUGGAGCUUCUUUCGAUGUUCAACAUCCAACGCGUUGGGAGUCAUUCGCCUAUUAUCGCUACGAUUAUCACGCUCCUUUCGCGCCUCCACCACCACCUCCGCUACCACCCUUGCUUGCACGAUUGUCGAGCGAACAGCAGGACGACCAUCAUCCCAUGCGGUACAAUCUGCCGUCUUGAUCCUCUACGAAAAACACCGGAUCAUCGGUACACGCGUAUUCGUCCCAUGCGACCACGAGAAACGGCAUUCGAAUAUUUUCUUUUCUAUUUUCACUAAGCACAUUUGAAAAAUGAGAGAAACAGAAAGAAAGCGAGAGAGGAGGGAAAUGUAAGAAAAAGAAAACGAAAUAUGGAGAGUAGGUCAACCGUCACCUUGUUUGACACAUAUCGAGCUUGAAAUACUUAUCCUCGUGAUUUAUUCCGAUAAAUAUUAUUAUUAUUAUUGUUAUAGAUAUAUUAUAUUAAUAAAAAUUAUUUACAUGCCUG